CACAGAAAGGGUGAAUCAGCGGGGGCGGUAGCCAUUCGACGUUGGACUUUGUACUGCGCGACUAUGCCGCCGGACACGACUAGGGCGAGCUCAUCGCGAAACGCAAGGAAAGUCGUCCUGAGCGAGGAGGAGUUGACCCUCAGAAGAGCUCGCGGGGAAAUAUCUUGUGCGGAAUGCCGAAGGCUCAAACUCAAGUGUGACAAAAGGCUGCCGUGUAGUUCAUGCGAGAGGAGGGGCUGUCCGAAUAUCUGUCCGAAUGGCACGUUGGCAGCAGGGCAGGGUUCAAGGUUCAUUCUGUCGGACACCAGGGAUCUGCAUCGGAAGAUCACUGAGAUGUCCCAGAGAAUUCGCCAGCUAGAAGAUGCACUCGCGGUAUUUCAAGCUAGCAUCUCUAGUGAACGCCAUCCUCUGUUAUCUGAGGAGCUUACCGCAAUCAAAUUCUGGCCAGAAGUCAGGCCCGAACGCGAAGAAAAUUCAACAACUCGAUUUGGCCCCGUAGGCUCGCUGGAUGCAUUCGGCACUCUUUCAGUUGGAGAGCAAGGUGAAGCCAAGUACUUCGGUCGAUCUGCUGGAGGCGAAGCUCUUCUAUUAGUGGGUGCUGACAUGGAGGGUGCCCCGCCGCGCAGGGAUGAUUCUGCAUCCACCCAGGAUGAGCUAUCGAGGAUUCUGGGAAAGCUCCCCCAGGAUUUCCUAGGCAACGCAAGUGAUGAAAUACUCGAACUUGUCUGGAAUGAACUUCCACCACAAGCACGAGCAUGGUCACUUUGCGAAACUUAUUUCGAGCAUGCCUCAUGGUUCUUUAACUGCGUCACCCGGGACGAGAUUGUGAACGAAAUGAUAGCUCCGGUCUAUAAAAUGGUCAAAGACAGAACACGGCCUGACUUCAACCCUAGAGAUAUGUCCUCAGUAGGACCUCAUACCAUAGCCGUCCUCUAUUUCACAUUCGCAGUCGGGGCACUCAUGGACUUGACGUUGCCUGCGUACAAUUCCGAAGCUGAAAGAUACUUCCGCCUCGGGCGUGCCGCGUUUUCCUUACGCUCGGUUGUUGAUUCUCCGGUGGUUGAGACGGUCCAGGCUAUAGCACUUAUGAGUGCCUACCACGGCUUAGACGGCCAGCGAUACACAAUGGAUAGUUCUUGGUCACUGUGUGCCUUCGCCACAAAACUGGCGCAAAGCUUAGGUCUUCAUCGUGAUUGUGCUCGCUGGGGUCUUGAUGCCAAGACUGUUGAGAGAAGAAGAACCGUAUUCUGGGCUAUAUUCACCGGUGAUGUUAUGCUGAGCAUCAUGCUCGGCCGACCCCUGUCGACCCCUCUCUCGCAUAUCGACUGCGAGUUUCCCACCGAUCACGCACAGACUGUCAACGAGAAUGGAGAACCUGAGCCUAGCUACAGCGCGUGGCGUUACAAAGUCGUUAAGGAAUUAAUGGCUCCCAUCUGCGAGCGUAUGCUGGCAGCUGAGCCCCCAAGUUACGAAAUUGCCCUUGAGCUGGACGCUAAAGUUCGCGCUACGCCUGUACCCGUGUCGUUCAAGCUGUUCCUAGGACCUGAAGACGAAGAUAGGCCUUCUAUGAUUGUGCAAGCAUACUUGUUAUCGCAGUAUCGUAUGAAUGCUAUGCUCGUGAUCCAUCGAAGCUUCUUUGCUCAGGCAUUACUGGACCAUCCGCUCAACCCAUUCCGAAGUCCCUAUGCGCCAUCUUACCUUGCAGCAUAUCGCUGCGCGUCUGUGGUUAUCAAGUCCAGCAUCCACUUCUUCGAUCGUUGCCCGAAUCUCAUCGUACGGUUCGCUUCUUUCUGGUCCCAUGCAUUCUCAGCCACGCUCAUCAUGGGAUUCGUCGUGACCCGCACGCCAGCAUCAAAUAUUGCUGCCACAGCAUUUGUCGAGUUCAACGCUGGAAUCGAGCUAUUCCAGAAGGCGGCGAUAGAUAAUUAUCGAGCAAGGAGGGCACUGCUCGUUCUCAGGAAACUGAAGGUAAGGGCGGAUCGUGUCUAUUCUCGUUCCGGCCCUCGAGACCGCCCACACGAUAUGGACCAAGACUCGAAUGCAGACGUGGACAGAGGGCCGGAUGAGUUAGCCGUCUUCGGGGGGAAGACAAGCGCCUUGCCGACGAAAUCCCUGUCGACAGCUUGGUCAAACACUUAUUCACGCUCCCAGUCGACAACUCCAUCGAGCCGAAUUGACGCCGCGUUCUCGCCUGCCUCCGACGGGUCGGGCGUGUUGCCCAGCCCUCCAGGCCUGGCGCAGCCGUCUCUUGCCAGUCAGGUCCCACCAUUACAAUGGUCAGAUUUGGCUUUUCCGUCCGAGUCGCAAGCACAAGAAGGCCUGCAGGUACCUUCUCCCGGGGCAUUUAUGGCCGCUUCGCAAGCGGGUCUGUUUUCCGCACCCUCAAACGUCUCGAGUCCUCAGCAGCAGAUGUCUCAAGACUACUACUACGGGACAACGGUGGCUCCUGCACCGGCUGAUCUUUCUUAUAUGGGUUUGGUGCCGGAGGGAUCAGGUGUCGAUAGUCAGUGGAUGUCACUUUUGCGCGAGUCUGGCCUCUUAGAGCCAGGGUAUGACGGGAUGCGGUACGACAUGCAAACCGGAUAG